UUAUUCUUGUCACUUCCCAUGUAAAGGCACAGGGGCAAAUGGCAUGUCAGUGCUGUCAAGAUGGGGCGGAGGAAAUGGAUUUAUUAGAUUUGCUGCCAUCUGUUGAGCUGAAUUGGAAUUGCUCAGCUGUGUGUCAUAGGCCGUGUACUCCUGAUAGCUAAGGAGGAUUCCCCCUUAGCUCACUGGCCAAGACUGGAUUUCAGGAGCUGAUGUCUCCAAAUUCUGCAUCCAGGUUUUCUAGGGUCGUUGGAGCAGUGAUGUUGAUGGUGGAGGCUUGGCUGGCCACAGUUUAGUUGAAAUAGCUGGGAUGCAGCUAUUUCUGGGGUGAAGUGCAUCAGUUGGUUUAUACACAGAUCUUUGCGUAGUACAAGGAUGGUACUUCUGGGACAGGUCCUGGCAGCUGUAUGAACAGGUAUGCCUCAUCCAGUACUGAGUUGCAGGGUUCUCUGGGAUACAGCAUGGCUGCUGUUCCCACAAGGAUCCAGCACAUACGAGGUUGCACCUGCCUCUGGGGUGGGGCAUGGUGCUGUGCAGCAGGCUUGGAAAAUAAAUGAACCAGGCUCCUGUCUCUGGUGCAGGAGGUGCAGGGAAGCAGAAUGUAAUUACCCAGGUUGGGAUGGGUGCAGGGUGCGGCAGAAACAUCUGACUGAGGCAAGGCUCUGCAAAAUGCUCUUUAAUGAAGCACACAAGUACCCUGGGCCCAGGUUUGGUGUCUCAUGGGUGAUUCAUCACAGGUGGGAAUCAACCCCCUCCCAAGCAGGCUCAGCCCGCAACAGGACUGGCUGAGAUGCUGUCAGGAUUCAUGUGCUGGCAUGAGUAAUGGUCACGUUCCCUGCACGGCCAUGAGCCAGCGGCCUACGCAGGCACUACUCCCUACUGGUUCCUUUCUGCCAAGCCCAGCAGAGCCCCAGUGAGAUGCUGAAAAAUCUCACUGCUCUGGAGCCAGAAAUCCCAGUCCUUGAACCGUGUUGGCUCCCAAACCCCAGCACCCAUCAACCUGCACCCCUCGCAGCUCCUGAGAACCUGGCACCCCUCUGCUCCUCAGGCUUAGAUUUCAUAGAUUUUCAGGGUCGGUCUUCUAUCUAUCUUGCCUUUGAACCUGGUAGCUCCCACCACUCUGAGCCCAGUAGGCCCUGAGCCCAGCAUUAGCUGAGCAUUGGAUCGAAUCACACCUUCUAAGCCAUAAAAAAGGCCUUUGUGUUUCCCUCUGCGGCUGGGACCCAGCAGGGAUACCUGGUCCUAGGAGGGAAAGGGAUGGAGCAAGCCAGACACACCUGAAAAAGCAAGUUAGGCCAGACAGGCCUCCGUGACCAUAUCUGCUGCUGGCUCCCAGCUCUUCCCGGUGCGGUUUAUCACCUUUAUGGCUUAUUUGAAACAGGUGUGUGAGACACCCAUAAAAAUACCUGGCCCAGCAGCCAAGGCUGGCAGCUGUUCAGGGCAGCAGGGAGGAGAGCGAGCGACAAGGUGUUAGAGUCGUACAUCCUGCCAUGCAGGGUGCUGGGCUGGGGAGUAGGCCUAACUCCCGCCUCGCUCACUUCAUCCCCUGCCAAAUUGUCUUCAAGCCGGACAGGAAUUUAGUCCUGGUGAGAGUCAGGAUAGCUCCAGACUUGAGUUCAUGUCACUGCUGGGAGGGGGGUGGGGGGAGGCUAGGCACUGCAUGCAGCACCCCUCCCUGGUGCCACAGUCCUGGGCAGGACAGGUUCAGUGUUACAUGCUGCACUCCCUCACAGUGCCCCCUACUGGUUCUGCCCCAUCCCUGGUAUCACGGUGCCCCCUUCCAGGCAGGGCAGGUGGGGCACUUGCAAGCUCCAUUUCUUCCAAGGUGUCAUAAUGCCCCCUGCUGGACAUGUCAGGGCUGGGCACUUGGAGGCUUUCCCACUACCUGUUGUCACUGCCUGGCCUGAGCUCAUGGUUGUGUUUCCCGCAGGAGAUUCUUGGGGGAUCUUUGCCUUCCUGUGUGCUGCGCUCUGGAACCUGCCUGCGGUCCCUGCCCUCAACAACACAGACGAGGCAGGUGCUGGCCAGUCCAUCCAGAAGACAUACGACCUCACCAGGUACCUGGAACACCAGCUUCGCACGCUUGCCGGCACCUAUUUGAAUUACCUCGGGCCGCCCUUCAAUGAGCCGGACUUCAACCCUCCCCGGAUGACAAGGGCCGAGAUGGUGCCCAGUGCAACGGUGGACUUUGAGCUGUGGCGCAGUCUGAAUGACAAUGCCCGGCUGGCAGCUAACUACAGGGCCUACACACACUUGUUAUGCUACCUGCGUGGCAUGGAUGGGCAGGUGGCCAAGGCUGACCUGCGCAAAAGCCUGGGCCACUUCUGCUCCAGCCUGCAGGGGCUAGUGGUGAGCAUCGCAGGUGUCAUGUCCUCACUAGGCUAUCCGCUGCCUGGCUCACUGGGCAGUACUGACCCUGCCUGGGCCCACGGGCCGGGGCCUAUCAGCCCGCACAACGACUUCCUCAAGAAGAUGGAUGACUUCUGGCUGCUCAAGGAGCUGCAAACCUGGCUGUGGCGCUCAGCCAAGGACUUCAACCGCCUCAAAAAGAAGGUGCCCCCUGCUGCCGUCACGCUGCGCCUCGAGGCACAGGGCUUCUGACCCAGCGCCCCACUAUCCACCUACCCACCUGCCCAGCACCAUCACGCUGCCCUGCCAGGCACAGGGCUUUGUUCCCUUCACGGGUUCUGUUUGCUUCCAAAAGGAGGGAUGUGGCCCUUCCCCCAGACACAAUCCAGAGCAGCAAUAGUCCUCUCCCCUGGCAGGCAGACCAGCACUAACACCCACCUCUAGAUUUGGGCACCUCUUAGAGUAGCAUCAUCCCCAUACUGUGUGUCCAGCAAUGAGCCCCACCUCUAUAUGUCAGGGCAGCACCAAGAGGCAAUUAGUCCCUUGCUGCCCCCUGACCUCUUCCUCCAUACUUUCCCCCAACUCGCUCCUUGGGUCCCCCCACCUUUCUUCUCAUGCACAGAGGCCUGGACUCUUCCAGCCUUUUCCUGACAUCACAGGUUGUAGCACCAGCCCACACACUGAUGACCACGUGCUUGGCUUUAGGUCUGCCUUGGCACUUCCAGCCCUGCCCCCAAGGCCUCGUGCCCCACAGCACCAGGAAACUGGAAGGGACACAAGCAGAGCUAGGCAGUGAUUCCAGCCUCAGCCCAUCGGAGCCCACGUCUCCCCUGGUCAGACCUUCAAAUGGGGGUCACUGUCAGCUGGAUGGCACCAUGGGGUAGGAGGGAUUCAAUGCAGGACAGGGUAGGGUUUCAAAUAAGAAAGAUGAGGGUCCAAAACAGGAAGGGGUGGAGUGUGAAGCAGGAAAAGCCAGGGUCCAAACAGGAAAGACUUGAAAUGGCAAUUCCAGCAUUCCUCUAGUUAUGAUGCUGCUGCAUCUACUGGCCCCACAUCUUGUCAAAACACCUGCCUAGUGAGGCCUAGGCACCCAGGGUGGGGUGGGGUGGGGAGCUAAACCAGGGAAGGGUGAGAGAUCACCUAUGCCCUCCCUUGACAUGUGUUUUAACCACCCAUACAUCAUGCCCCCAUACUCACGCCAUGAUGCGCAUAGCAUUGCCUUGAAGUUUACAUUGUCACUGGUGUAGCAUCAAGCAAGCAUGGGGGUCUCUCCCCCUGGUGCAGGCCCCUGCCCCCCAACUCCACCUGCCCACACCCCAGGCCUGUGCAGAGGGUGGGGGCAGGGCCCAGCCCCCUCCCUCUCCUCUCACAUUCCCCCCUGUCGGGUUGUGUUUCUCUUGGUUUGUCUAUAUUAAUAUUUAUUUAUUUGGAGAUGUUAUUUAUUAGAUGGUAUUUAUUGCAGAAUUUCUAUUCUUGUAUUAACAAAUAAAAGGCUUCCUCCUUGA